GCAAGGAUACACUUAGACUGAAAGCUUUCUCUGUUCUACAUCAAUUAGCAAUGAGGCAGAGCCUGAUUGGGUUUCAUGCGCUGGAGUAUAGCCAGUUUUCAUUUCUGUUUUGUAACAUUACUGAUAUCUGUGUGCAUAUAGGAAGCUAACAAUUAUUUUAAUUUUGUAUUUUUUUAACUAUUGAACUAUCUUCGAUCAUAGAAGUUUGAGAAAAUAAAAAUGACCACGAUGAUGAAUGAAAAGUGGACGAUCGCCUUCAAGCUGGUAGACUUCAACAAAGAUGGAGUCGUAAAUGUUAAAGACAGAGACGACUGUUUGCAGUCGUUUAUCAAUGUCUUCAAACCGGAUAGUGGUCGAAAACAAGAAAUAGAAUCUCAACUAAAUGAAUUCUGGGAUAAAAUUGUAUAUCUAACCGAUGACCCGGAUUGGAAUAAAUCCUUUAAUCUUGAUGAGUUUAUAGCCUCGCGCAGAGAAUCAUAUACCAAAGAUUCUGCGAAGACUGUCUCGGUUGUUCGUGAGGCUUUGAAGCAGCUGAUAAGCGCAGGUGAUGUUGAGGCAUCUGGCAGCUUUUCUUUCGAGCAAUUUAGAAACCUUCAUGAAGCCUUCAAUUUGAAAGAUGAUAACCUUGUGAAAGGUAUAUGCAGUAUGGCUGGAUCAGAAGGGGAUGGUAAAUGUUCUGUGGAUAGUAUUGCAGGAUUCUAUACAGAACUGGCAAUGGGGAAUGACGAAGGGAAGCAUGAACAGUAUAAAGCUGCUCUAGCAUCAGUCGGAUUUAUGUGACAAUAUUUAUACAGAUAUGGUGUCAUAAGUAAUUAACACUAGUAUAGA